GACGAAACCGGAAGUGACCGGAGCAGAGGCAGGACCAGAACCUAGAGAGGCUCGGGAUUGCGGAAGUUUGGUGGGGAGGGUCGGAGCUCUGGUGGAGAGAGUGUUGUCUAAAGUUCCGGAAGGGAGGCUGCCCCUCGCGGUCCGAGAACCACCGGCCUCCCCAGUUUGAGGGCUGUUACCCCGUGCGCGCUUCGACGUUGCUGCUGUUUUCGCUCCUCGCCCCUCGUUCCCUUGGGAACCGCCUGGGAACUCCGCCAUGUCAUCCACUUCGCCCAACCUUCAGAAAGCGAUAGAUCUGGCUAGCAAAGCAGCGCAAGAGGACAAGGCUGGGAACUACGAAGAAGCCCUUCAGCUCUAUCAGCAUGCUGUGCAGUAUUUUCUUCAUGUCGUUAAAUAUGAAGCACAGGGUGAUAAAGCCAAGCAAAGUAUCAGGGCAAAGUGUACAGAAUAUCUUGAUAGAGCAGAAAAACUAAAGGAGUACCUGAAAAAUAAAGAGAAAAAAGCACAGAAGCCAGUGAAAGAAGGACAGCCGAGUCCAGCAGAUGAGAAGGGGAAUGACAGUGAUGGGGAAGGAGAAUCUGAUGAUCCUGAAAAAAAGAAACUACAGAAUCAACUUCAAGGUGCCAUUGUUAUAGAACGACCAAAUGUGAAAUGGAGUGACGUUGCUGGACUUGAAGGAGCCAAAGAAGCACUGAAAGAGGCUGUGAUACUGCCUAUUAAAUUUCCUCAUCUUUUUACAGGCAAGAGAACACCUUGGAGGGGAAUCCUAUUAUUUGGGCCGCCUGGAACAGGAAAGUCCUACUUAGCCAAAGCUGUAGCAACAGAAGCCAACAACUCAACAUUUUUUUCAAUAUCUUCCUCUGAUCUUGUUUCUAAGUGGCUAGGUGAAAGUGAAAAACUGGUUAAGAAUUUAUUCCAACUUGCCAGAGAGAACAAGCCCUCCAUUAUCUUCAUUGAUGAAAUUGAUUCUCUGUGUGGUUCAAGAAGUGAAAAUGAAAGUGAAGCCGCACGUAGAAUUAAGACGGAGUUCCUAGUGCAAAUGCAAGGGGUUGGUGUAGACAAUGAUGGAAUUUUGGUUCUGGGAGCUACAAAUAUACCCUGGGUUCUGGAUUCUGCCAUUAGGCGAAGAUUUGAGAAACGAAUUUAUAUUCCUUUGCCGGAACCCCAUGCGCGAGCAGCAAUGUUUAAACUGCACCUGGGGACCACUCAGAACAGUCUCACGGAAGCAGACUUUCGGGAACUUGGGAAGAAAACAGAUGGUUAUUCAGGGGCAGAUAUAAGUAUCAUUGUACGUGAUGCACUUAUGCAACCUGUUAGGAAGGUACAGUCAGCUACUCAUUUUAAAAAGGUUUGCGGACCUUCCCGAGCUGAUCCUAACCAUCUUGUAGAUGAUCUGCUAACACCUUGCUCUCCAGGUGACCCUGGUGCCAUUGAAAUGACAUGGAUGGAUGUCCCUGGAGAUAAACUUUUGGAGCCAGUUGUUUCCAUGUCGGAUAUGUUGCGGUCACUAUCUAACACAAAACCUACAGUCAAUGAACAUGACUUGUUGAAAUUAAAGAAGUUUACAGAAGAUUUUGGUCAAGAAGGCUAAGCCAAAGACAAGGAAGAUGCUUACCAUAUGUAUUCUUUCUUUCAUAGAUAAUUUUUGUCUAUUUUGGAUCACAUUGAUUGUUUCCAGUAAAACUCUUUUACCACAGGGAAAUACACAUCUCACUUCAGAGUUCCAUUAGGUUUUAUAUUGUACUUUUCCUCCAUUACUUAUUAAAUACUCCUAUUAACAAAAGGUACAAAAUAACAGGUUAUGAGGAAAUGAGCGAUAUAUGAAUGGCAUAAAAAUAGAAAUUACCCAGUAAAAAGGAUGUCAGAAAUUGACAUACAAAUAUUUACAAUUUUUAUGAAUGGUGGUCUUUGCAAAGAGCAUUUAUCUUUUUUUUUACUAAAAUAUAAGGUUUAUUUUAUAUUUUCAAAAAAAAUGUUAAACAUCAUUCUUAUCAAUGUAAAAUUUAUUUACGUUAUUAAAAAAUUACAAAUGAUAGAAUCUUUACUCUCAGGGAUGGGCAAUAAAGCAGCAAAGAGCAUUGUGAUUGGGUUUGAAAGAUUUUGAAUUAUAGACAGUGCUCUUAAUGGUUUUUAAUAAGUUGAUAUUUUUUUCUAUGUAGAUUUAAAUAAUUUCUUUAAAAGCAUUAAGCUUUGGCUGGGCAUGGUGGCUUAUGCCUGUAAUCCCAGCACUUUGGGAGGCUAAGAUGGGUGGAUCACCUGAGGUCAGGAGUUCAAGACCAGCCUGGCCAACAUGGUGAAAUGCUGUCUCUACUAAAAAUACAAAAAUUAGCUGGGCAUGAUGGUGAGUGCCUGUAAUCCCAGCUACUCAGGAGGCUGAGGCGGGAGAAUCACUUGAACCUGGGAGGUGGAGGUUGCAGUGAGCUGAGAUCGCGCUACUGCACUCCAGCCUGGGCGCCGAGAUUGCGCCAUUGCACUCCAGCCUGGGCGACUGAAUGAAACUCUGUCUCAAAAAAAAAAAAACAAAAACAGUAAGCUUUUAUAUUUAAUUAAAUGAUACCUUUCACUGUGCAAUCUCAAGAGGAAGAUUUUCUAAAUUAGACAUUGUCUUUACCUUAAAGAAGAAAAUUGUCUAUUUCAGUGUCUUUUUGUAGCAAGAUUGACCAAAACAGGUGGUAAGUGUGUAAUUUUUAACUGUCAUGAAAUACUGUAAUGCGCACCUUUGCUAAUAAGGAAAUGGUCUCCCUUUGGAUUAUGGGAAGUUUCUUGUCUGUAAUAUGGGGUGUCUGUGUACAUAUAUGUAUAUUUCCUUUUUUAAUACAAGAUAAUAAUAUGGGGUCUUGUCCUUCACCUUUUAAGUUCAGGGAACAGUUUGUCCUGACCACACAUAUGUUAUCAGUGUAAUGCUUUAUGAAGCUUUAGAAAUGAGCUCAUGACUCAUUAAAAAAUAAUAAACACGAUGCUAUUUUAAUAUUUUCAAAUAAAUAAUCUGAGGAUGUGUUUCAUACUUUAGCAUCAGCACUAAGUUGUGCCUUGUAGAAUUGCAUUGUCUAUACAUGCAAAAGACUAUUAAGUUAGAAUGAACUAGAUUCCUUAAUUACAAUGAAAUUCUAUCUUGCAAAUGCUAUAGAAUAACUUGCAUUUUAAAGUGUAUUUGCACAUUUUACAUAUGCUAUGUGGUUGCCUUUGGGUUUUCUGUACAGAUUGUUUUUGUUAUUAAAUGGAAAAGGCCGGAAUUACGCUGUUAUGUGAAGUAAAUUGAUAUAACCUAUUGACUGUAUUCUGUGUAUUAUUCUUUAUUUUGGGACCUUCUGUGUAAAAGAAAAUAUUACCUAAAUUGGCUAGAUACAAAUAAAUCAUUAAAAUUAUUAAUGUAUAUAUG